AGCCAACUACCUAGAUAAAGAAUCUUGAACAGAAGCAAAAGAUGACCACACUUACAACACAAAGCAUAUAAGCCAACAUCUACUAAACAUAAACACAAAGAGUUUUGUUCUUUUGGCACUAUGGCAUCUGAUAGGCAACAACAACAAGCCCAAAUGAUGAUGCGAAUGAAUAACACCGGGUUAAUUAGUUAUCAUGGAAGUCCAAUGCUCGACGAUGAUGAAGAUGAAUUGUCGAAAUCGGCCUUGUUGGCUUUUAGGGUUAAGGAAGAAGAGAUCAAGAAGAAGAAGAUGGAGGUGAGGGAGAAAGUUCAUGCUCAUCUAGGUCGGGUUGAAGAAGAAACCAAGAAGUUGGCUGAAAUUCGCGAAGAGCUUGAAGCCCUCGAAGAUCCAAGGAGGAAGGAGGUGACAGCCGUUAGGAAGAAAAUUGAUUUGGUCAACAAAGAGCUAAAGCCAUUGGGACAUAGCUGCCAUAAGAAGGAGAGAGAGUACAGAGAAGCUUUGGAAGCUUUCAAUGAAAAAAACAAGGAGAAAGCUCAACUGGUAGCAAGAUUAAUGGAGUUGGUGACUGAAAGUGAGAGGGUGAGGAUGAAGAAACUCGAAGAACUGAACAACAACAUUGAAUCAUUGAGCCAACUUGUUCCAAGAUGAUGAUGAUUAAACCAACUGCAUGCAUCAAUUAACUGUUUUGUUAUAACUAGUAAUGCACGUAUAACUACUGGUUUUAUGCUAUGAUUGUUUUUUUUAAUGAUUUUUGCUUGUAUUUUCAGUUUUUCACCAUUGUUUUUUGAUGAUUGUGUGAUAUCAGAUCUGAUAAAACUUGUUGACUUUAAAAGGAGCUUUCAUGCACCGAUCUUCAUGGUGUUGAUUAUGUUUGAUGCA